AUGUUUUGACAGUAUGAUGGGGUGGACUAUGAGAUUUAAUUGUGGAUAAAAUGUCCAAUUGUAAGCCAGGGACGCGUUUCAUACCGGCCACGUGUGCUUGGACCCUGCUUUUAUUAUGUACUGCUUUGUUUUUUAUAUACCCAUGCUUGCACCUGUACCAAAAAUGGGGAGUGGCAAUACCAAUAUACCAAAGUGUCAUCACACUCUUUGUUGUGCUGAACUUUUCUCUGGCUACAUUCAUGGAUCCAGGAGCCAUACCAAAAGCGUCUCCAGAUGAGGACAGAGAUGACGACUUCCGUGCGCCGCUGUACAAGAACGUGGACAUUAAUGGCAUCACAGUGCGCAUGAAGUGGUGCGUGACAUGUCACUUCUACAGGCCCCCACGCUGCUCUCACUGCUCUGUCUGCAAUCACUGCAUUGAGACAUUUGACCACCACUGUCCAUGGGUGAACAACUGCAUUGGGCGUCGCAAUUACCGCUAUUUUUUUAUGUUCCUUGUGUUCCUGAGUGUUCACAUGGUGUCCAUCUUUGGGUUCAGCCUCAUGUACGUGCUGGACUUCAAGGAGGAGAAGCCUUUAUCUCCAUUAAUCAGUAUCUCUAAGAACCCAUCUGAGCCCAUGAUCGCAAGCAUCAAACGGCCGGGCCGCUACUGCAAGCAAUAUUCUAAAGCAGCGGCUCUGGCGGCAGCAGCAGCUCAUCAACAUCAUAAUCACCCAAACAACGUCAACACCACAACCACGACCAGCAAUAACAGCGUGCCAGCGUCUGCAAACAACAGUAGUAACAACGCCAACGCUCCUGCAGCAAAUAUUGCCACUAUCGCCAACCACAACCAAGUUAGGAUCUACAUGGACAACUCGCUUGGCUCCCCCAACUCCAACGCCUACACGCAGCUGGUGGAAGGCAAGAACAGAGACGGCGGUGAAAAUGGCGGUGCUGGCCGAAUAGGAUCUCCUGGUGGAGAUGUGGACGACAACACUGGGGUGGGCAUGAGUCAAAGCAAAGACUGUGAGCCCCCCACACCCCCUCUUCCCCGUCAACCUCCCGCUGUAAAUAGCUUCUUCCAGACUGCGCAGCCUGGCCCACAUCACCACCACCAUCACCACCACCAACAUUUACAGCAGCAACUCUCAUCUGCAUCCACCAUAACCACAGCCGCCUCCACUGCACCUCCGCACCCCUCCAUGCCAGGCCUUAUCCACUCGAACACCAUCCCUCCUCACCACCAUCACCACCACCAUCAUCACCCUCACAACAGCAACAACACUAGCGGAGCAAUAGGCUACGGCCACCACCCUCACAUCCACCACCACUACCAGCAGCAGCAACAACACCAGCAGCAGCAACAACACCAGCAGCAGCAACAUCACCAGCAGCAGGAAGGCUACGCAGAUUCCCCGUCACAGGUCGCAGCCACGGGCGCCGGAGUCGUGGUCCGCGCACCGCGGUCGCCUCACGCCACUCGAGCCGCUCGGCCCGACGGCACGAAGCGGUCCCGGUCCAACACCCCCGACGCGUUGUCCCCCGAACACCCUCACCCUCUUCAGUUUUCCCACGGACGUUCUAACCCUCCCUCCCCCACGCGAGCGUACCAUCAUAAUCCCCCUCCCAUAUCAUCAUCACAGCAACAUAGCACUGGGCCUAAGUACGGUGCUAACCCCACGUACAGUAUGCAGCAGCAGCCGUUGCGUUUACCUUCAUACGAGUCCUGUAUGCAGCAACAGCCUUUACGGUUGCCUGCUUACAAUUCUAGUGUACAGCAGCCCUUACGUUUACCUUCUUACGAGUCUGGUCAGCAGCAGUCGUCACACUUAUCGUCUUACGACUCUGGUGCUUACGGCGGUACCCGCAGGUACGGUGUUGGUGUUACGACGGGGCCUUCCCCGCCCGACGCCAGCCAGGAACUCGCCUCCAGCCCGCAGCAUGGACAGUAUACAUGGCGAGAGCCAACACAGCCCCCCUCACCCCCCAUGUACUGCACCCAACCUCAUGGUGGGGGAGCGCCGCAUCAGUAUCGCUCCCACCCCAGCUCUCCCACACAGCCCUGCCAGUACUAUUACCCUCCACCUCCCCCAGUACCCCAUCAGCCUCCCGUACCUCCAUGCAACGCGCAUUAUUAUACCACGCAGCAUUCACUGCACCAUCAACAGAUGCAUGGCAGUGCUCAGCAACAGCAGCUGCAACAGAUGCAACAAAUGCAACAGCAGUUAAGUCAACCGAAUUCCUCUAUAGGCCAGCAAGUGCCGUCCGUGUCAGUCCAAGCCUCCCGACGUAACUCGGGUCCCGUUUUUGUUGCGGUGUCGUCACCGCAGGUGCGCCGAAAACUUUACGGCGCGCAUGGCAAUUCAGGCAUGACCACUACGAACGCGGCUCUCACGGGGCAGCCCGGUGGAUUAGGCUAUGGGGGACCCGCGGGAUCUAGUUACGGGGGACCCGCGGGACCGUCAGGAGGUUCAAGUUACGGCUCGUCAGGGUACAGCUCAGGCCUUGUGACUCCCCCUACCCCCAACACCGGGGCCAAGCGACCAGUUACGCUCCUUCGGUCGCUGGAUUCGAGCACCAACGCAGCUGGUGGUGGCGGGCUGAUGGAGCACCAGUUGCAGCAGAUGACGUCCAGUAUCUCAGGCGACGUGGCGGCUUGCUAUGACUCCACGGCCAAUUAUGAGAUCAGCGUUUAGCGCCGCGGCCAAGCUUGUGAUCACCUUCCGGCGUCGCUGCUCAACGUCAUGUUUGCAUAGCUAGAAAACAGCACAUGCAACUUGGCAUUGUUGGGGGUCGCAGCUGCUGGCUGUGCAGCAGUGCAAAGUGUGUGUAAACCCACCCGAAUUUCUUGAACUUGUACCACGAUUGCUAAUUCUUUGACCGUUGGGGUUCAUUAUUUUACGCUUGUGAAGGAGAACCAACCAUACAUUUAAGUAUACAGGUUGUAUGUUUGACUAACGGCACAGUUCAAUUUUCUUGAUUGAAAUUAACUCUGAACGUUUUGUAAUUACAUCAUAGUUGUUCAAAUAUAAGUACCGUGAUACUAACACAGCUAUUUACUGAUACCAAACGUGUCAAGUUUAACCAAAUGAAGAUUUUUAUUUGGUUUGUAAAGAAUAUCAAAUGGACAUGGACUCGCUGUUUGAAGUGGGCAAGUGGUCUGGAAUUGUACCGCCUUCAAGUGCGUUACAUAGAAUAAAAUGGAAUAUUUUUGGCUUAUAUGUUCCCCGAUUGCGUAUUAAUAAGUCAUAUUCCGGUAGGCAAACUUGAAUUAUUUUCAGCAAGUCCACUUGAUUGAUUUAGAAUGUUUCGGGAUAAGCUUCAUGAUGUUCAUACAUUGUGAUUUAGAUACGAUGGUAGAUCCACCCGGUGUAUCACGGGAAAAUCUUUGACGUCUUGAUUUAGGUCCGUGAAAUGUGUUCACCGCGAGCUACUUGAUGUAUCAUCGUUAGUUCUCGAGAAUCGUUUGCUGAGAAAAUCUCAAGUGUAUUAUAAUAAAUGGAUACACGAGAUGUAGUUACUGGAUGCUGUUUGAUGUAUUUAGGUGGAUCAAAGUUGUGUGAAGACAAUACGUUGUGUGCAUUUUAUCAUUUAGCGAAUUUGGUAUACAAGUGCGAGUGAUCAUGUUCACCAUGACACAUGUAUCAUAGUAUUGUAUAGUUGAGUGUCAGUAAUACUCGUGCAAUCAUAGCGCUAAGGUAUGAACAAGUUACUCAUCUUCAUCAGUGUCCAAUAAUUUAUUUUUGAAAUAGAAGGCGUCUGAUGUAGCAUCUGAUACUGAAGCUGCUAUCACACUGUAUUAGGUGAAGCUAAGAUGUAAAGGCCCUUGCAGUGUGUAAUAAUAAUAAUUCUAUCUCAAUA